AACAAUAUUCAGCAUACAAAAGUCAGCCGUGUUCGUACUAUCUUCUCUGCAAUUGCAUUCGCUGUCGUUACUGCCAAGUUAGCAUCACCAAUCUCUGCCACGCCCCAGAUCGACCCGACUAAAAAAUGUCCUACGCGGUGCUAUACUCAAUCAGCAUGCAAGCAGUGCCCUCCAUGGCAGAAUGGCAUUUAUCACUGCCGCCAACCAUGCUGUAAGAGAUGGAGCAAGGGAAUAGCUAUAUCAUAGUUUGGAGCAGAGAUGGUGGGACGACAAGUUCCGAGCUCAAUAUAAGCUUAUGUUAUAUGGCGUUCAAGUUGCAGCUUUGGGGGAGCGCGCGCGAGACGAUCUCUCCCAGAUCCCGAGUGAUGAGUUGAGGGUGCCAAUGCUCACUGGAUCAAUAAAAUGCCG